AUGUCUCACUCCGAUCAACAACUUGAUGCCCCCGCCCAGUCCCUUCAUGCAAUCAAUUUUACUUUGCCUGAAUUCUGGCAACACGCUCCAGAACUUUACUUCAUCCGCAUAGAAUCAGCCUUUUAUUCUGCCAACGUUACCAAGGAGCUAGCAAAAUACCACAAACUCGUGGAGGUCCUCCCCGCUAGUGUCAUCUCUCAAGUUCAGUCCUUGCUAGCUAAUCCUCCUGCAGAUGCUCCCUACUCCGCGUUAAAGGCAGAAAUCCUCCGACUUAAUUCUGUGUCUGACCGACAGAGGUAUCACCAGUUAAUUAAGGAGGAGUCACUGGGUGACCGGAAGCCCUCAGAGCUUCUACGUCGGAUGCGUUGUCUCCUUGGAGACAUGCAAGUUGAUGAUAAAUUUGUCAAGGAGAUGUUCCUGGAGCGCCUGCCCACAGAUGUUCAAACGAUCCUGGCGUCCGGCUCUCAGGAUCUCACAGUGUCACAGUUGGCUGAGAUGGUGGAUCGAAUGAUAGAGGUGCAACGAGUCCAGUCACCUUCCGUUGCCUAGAUCUCAUCCUCAUCGUCUGUGAAUGAUCAUUUACUAAAACAGGUGUCGGCCAUGGCAGAUGAGAUGGCCUCUCUUAAAAUACAGCUCACCCGCCUAACUUCCAGUCGCUCACGCAGUCGUCGUCGUUCUCGUUCGCGACCUCGGACUGCUGAUACUUGCUGGUGUCACACUAAUUUCGGUGUAAAGGCCCGUCGGUGUUCCUCACCUUGCUCUUUUAAGCCAAAACAGGGAAACCAGUCAGCCAGAGAAUAGAUGCGACCGUUUUCUCUGGCUCCUCCGGCUCUGGUCGCACCUUCUAUGUUUGCGACACUGCGACUCGCAGACGUUUUCUGGUGGACACUGGAGCUCAAAUCAGUGUUGUUCCCCCAACUGCAGCUGAUCGUCGUUUCCCUAGUCCUGGUCUUCAUCUUCAAGCUGCUAACUGUUCCCCAAUUCCCACUUUUGGCAGUCUGUCCCUCACCCUGAACAUUGGCCUUCGUCGGUCAUUUACUUGGAUCUUUGUGAUUGCUGAUGUCCCUUAUGCAAUCCUCGGCUCGGACUUCCUUGCCGAGUUCGAUCUCCUUGUUGACUGUCGACGUGCCCGUCUCCUCGACCGCAAAACCGGUCUGUUCGUCCGUGGACUAACUCCAUUUGCUGCCCCCACCAACUUAUCUGUCCUGGAUACAGAUAUUGCUAGUCCUUUUCGGCAACUGCUGCUUAGUCACCCCAAUAUAAUUAACGCCCAGUUUCGCAGUGGUGAAGUUCAACAUGAUGUUGUGCACCAUAUCCGCACCUCAGGUCCUCCCGUGUUUGCUCGACCGAGACGACUAGCACCGGAGCGUUUUCAGGCCGCGAAGGCGGAGUUUGAACACAUGCUGCAACUGGGAAUAAUUCGACCGUCCGAGAGCCCUUGGGCGUCCCCACUGCACAUGGUGCCCAAGGCAACAUCAGGCGACUGGCGGCCCUGUGGUGACUAUCGUGCCCUCAACAAUGCGACCAUCCCGGAUCGUUAUCCCGUCCCUCAUCUUCAAGAUUUUGCUGGAGCUCUUUUCGGCAAAUCGGUUUUCUCGAAGAUAGACCUUGUUCGGGCCUUCCAUCAGAUUCCUGUCGCUCCUGAGGAUGUUCCCAAAACUGCCGUAACCACACCAUUCGGCCUGUUCGAAUUUGUUCGCAUGCUAUUUGGUCUUCGCAAUGCUGCCCAAACAUUCCAGAGGUUCAUUGAUCGAGUCCUACGUGGUCUCCCGUUUGUGUACGCCUACAACGAUGACCUCUUGGUGGCCAGUCGAAACGCCGAGGAACACAAAGAGCAUCUUGCUUUAGUGUUUGACCGCCUCGAUCAGUUUGGCGUGGUCAUUAACCCUUCCAAGUGUGUCCUGGGUGUGCCGUCCCUUGAUUUUCUUGGUCACCAUAUCGAUGCACAAGGUUUGCGUCCCCUCUCUUCCAAGGUUGAGGCCAUUCGUGACUUUCCUCCACCAACCUCCAAGCGUCAGCUGCAACGUUUCCUUGGCAUGGUAAACUUUUAUCGCCGGUUCCUACCGAACUGUGCCGACCUUAUGCUGCCACUCACCAACUUGCUCUCUGGUCCCAAGGGUCCCCUUGAGUUACGUGGCCACGUGCUGACUGCAUUUGAGAGACUAAAGACCUCCCUUGCUGAUGCUACCUUGCUCACUCAUCCUGCUCCAGAAGCCCCAUUGUCCCUGAUGGUUGAUGCUUCAACCGUUGCCGUAGGAGUAGUCCUCCAACAGCAUAUCAACAACUCGACACGACCGUUGGCAUUCUUCUCCAAGAAGCUUUCACCUGCCGAGACGAGAUAUAGCACGUUUGGCCGUGAACUUCUUGCCAUUUACCUAGCCGUAAAACAUUUCCGACACUUCCUUGAGGGUCGUGACUUCACCAUUUUCACAGAUCACAAAUCACUUACAUUUGCCAUCCGAUCCCAUUCUGACAAAUAUAGCCCGAGAGAGAUUUCUCAUUUGGAUUACAUCUCGCAAUUCACCACCGACAUCCGCCACAUUGAUGGCCCGAAGAAUGAGGUGGCUGAUAUGCUGUCCAGACCCUCACUGUCUUCCCUCCAACUCUCACACGGGAUCGAUCUUUGUGCCAUGGCGGCUGAGCAGCAGCGAGUCGGUUGUCCUGGCGACGAGUCUGUUAGUGGUCUCCAACUCAAAGACGUUCCUCUGACCACCGGCUCUGGUACCAUACUUUGUGACGUCUCAACUCCCUUUCAUCGCCCCUUUGUGCCCGCCUCGAUGCGUCGAGCUGUAUUUCAAACUCUGCAUGGACUCUCCCACCCUGGGAUCCGAGCCUCUCAAAAGUUCCUCGCGGAAAGGUCUGUCUGGCCUGGCAUGAACAAGGACGUCAAAGCUUGGGCCCGGUCGUGUCUGAGCUGCCAGCGCAAUAAGGUGCAGCGUCACAACAAGUCCCCACCAGGCACUUUCCCCAGUCCCGACGCACGGUUCAGCCAUGUGCACCUGGAUGUCGUAGGCCCCUUGCCUCCAUCCAAUGGUUUCACCUACCUCCUUACCUGUGUCGAUCGAUAUACUCGCUGGGCUGAAGCUAUUCCUUUGCCGAAUGUUCAGGUUGAAACCAUCGUGAAGGCCUUCGUCCGUCGUUGGGUCGCCAUGUUCGGUGCCCCAUCCACGGUUACGACUGAUCGUGGUGCCCAGUUUGAGUCGGCUCUCUUCCAAACGCUACUCAAUUUCCUUGGCUGCACACGCAUUCGGACGACAGCCUACCACCCCGCUGCCAACGGUAUGGUGGAACGUUUCCAUCGCCAGCUAAAGACCGCCCUGCGUGCCGUAGAAGACCCAGGAAACUGGUCGGACAACCUUCCUCUUGCACUCCUCGGCAUACGCGCAGCUCUGAAGUCGGAUCUGGGCUGUAGCGCAGCCGAAUUGGUUUUCGGCACUACCCUCCGACUGCCAGGCGAGAUGAUCACCCCAACCUCUCGUGGAGCCGACGAGACUCCUGACAAUCUUGUGCAUCGUUUGCGACAAUUUAUGCGCUCGCUUUCCCCGGUUCCACCUCGAGCUCCAAUGACUGAGUCUUAUGUCGAAAAAGACUUGGACAAAUGUACUCAUGUGUUCGUCCGGUGUGACCGUGUGCGCCAGCCGCUGGAAUCACCAUAUGAAGGACCGUUCCGCGUGCUCGCGCGCAACACCAAGACCUUCCGAAUUCUUCGCAAUGACAAGGAGGACGUGGUCAGUGUCGAGCGGGUCAAGGCUGCUGUUGCGGAGGAGCCGCCGCACCUGUCACAAGGACAAACAUGUGCUGACCCCCUAAUCCCUUAUCCUCCAUCUUCCCUAUCCCCUACUCGUUCACCCUGCCCACUGCCUUGCCCUUUCCCUCCCUUGCCCUCUACCCCUCCGUCUCGCAUACUUCCUCUCCCUACAUGUCAACAACAUCCAACUGCAACACCAUCGUCCACCACAGCACGCAGUCAACCCUCUUCGACUGUACCUCCUGCAUACAUAACUCGCAGUGGCCGUCACGUUCAUUUUCCUGAUCGUUUAGUUACCCAUUUUUUCUAG